AUGAUAAUUGAUCAAAUUGUGUUUACAUUUAUUAGUAUUUGGUCAUUAGGUUUUAUUUUUAUCUUAAUAACUCAAAAGGGAAAACAUCAAAGUACCAAAAGCUCUUAUCCGAUCAAAUCAUCAACUUCACCAUUAGUUAAAAUACCUGACAAAUGUGAAUUAAUACAACUUCAACUUGUUGCAAGACAUGGUACAAGAAAUCCAACAUUUGGUGAUAUUAAAAAAUUUGAUUCAUUAGUUGAAAAACUUACCAAUACACAACAAAAUUGGAGUCAUCCAUAUCAUUACUCACAGGCAGGUUUAUUAGUAGCAAAAGGUGAAGAAGAAUUAUAUUUGUUGGGUAAAAGAUCUCGUUCAAGAUAUAAAAAAUUUUGGCAAAAUAUUACAUAUGAUCCAAAUAUUAUAAAAUUUCAAAGUUCAUCAGUUGCAAGAACUGGACAAUCUGGAAUUGCUUAUUCACUUGGAUUAUUUACAGGUUAUGGAACAUUGAGUUUAUUAAAAUUGCAACCAAUUUAUGUUUCUUUUUUACCUAGAGAAUUAGAUACAGAAUUGUCAAUGCACCGUUCAUGUCCUAAAUGGGUUUCAACACUUAAUAAAUCCAAAAAUAAACAUAAAUUAGAACAAGAAAAAAAUUAUUUAAAUUUCAACGUUACAUCAAUAUCAAAGCAUCUUUCAAGAAAAUUAAAUAUUCAACCACCACUGGAACCAAAAUAUCUGGAACAUAUUUAUCGUAUUUGUGGAUAUGAUAUUUCUUUAUUUGAUAGAAAAUAUUUUAAUGAUAUUGGUUAUUAUUUUUUAUAUUCUUAUGGCAAUCAAUUAAAUACAAGAUUGGCUUGUAGGUUUUUCACAGGCUUAGUAAAUGAAGUUGAAAAUCUUGCUUUUAAUAAAUCAAAAACUAAAGCUGUUUUACGAUUUGCUCAUGCUGAGACGAUACUUUUUAUAAUUACCAUGUUGGUAAGAAAGGAAAUUAUAAAUCUAAGUUGA